AUGACAACAGAGACAACAGCGGUGGAUGUACCAUCACCUGCGCAGGGCAUAGACUACAAGACAUGGCAUUCAGGCUUUGCAAUUAAGGUGAUGUCACAUCCAAUCAAUGGAAGAUAUAUUGUCGCCACCAAGGAUAUUGAGCACACCACGGUGAUCCUGCGCGAUCUGCCCUACGUCUGGGCCGUGGACAUGACCUCGAAGCACUUUGUCUGCCAGCAAUGCUUCCUGGAGGUGCCCGUCGAGGAGCAGCACGGCGAGAACCCAGAGUACUUUGCCAUGUGUGACAAGUGCCAGUUCGUUGGAUACUGCUCGGAGGAGUGUCGCGAGAUCGACAGUCUACAGCACAACCUCGAGUGUGCGAUAUUCGCCCACUUUGACACCACCGACUACACCGACUCGCUCAUCUCGGAGAUCAAGCUACUAGUGCGUACACUCUCGCGUAAAUGGCUCGAGCAGUCCCUGAAAGAGACUGAAGGCUCGCUCUACCACAAGUACAAGUCGGUCACUCCCGUUCCCCAAGAGAAUGGUCUUAGAUAUAAGGACUACGAACAAUUGGUCUCAAACAUUAACGCAUUCAGUCCUGCUCUGAAAGAGAGUUUAUUACAUUGGAUAUGCGAUAAGGUCAUAGCUGUGAUGAAGAAGCACACUGGUAGACGAGAGAAUGAUGUCGACCUGUUGAAUGUAAUAUUAAGAAACAGAUGCAAUGCCUUCUACAUCCAGGGCAGACCUCGCACAGGCGGUAACGGCGAGUCAAGAGGCUGUGGCGUCUAUGUCAGGAACUCAUUCUUCAAUCACAGCUGCAAUCCCAACGUCAACUACUGGGUUGUGGACAACUCGCUCGAGGUGGAGUGUUCGGUGACGCGCGCUGUCAAGGAGGGCGAAGAGCUGUGCAUCUCCUACAUCGACACUACGGUGCCAUUGGUCGAGCGUCGUGAGAAGCUGUCGGAAGGCUACCUCUUCCAUUGUCGUUGUGAAAAGUGUCUGGAGGAUGAGGCCAGACCACCAGGAUUCGAACAGUCUGCUGAGAGUCAACAGGCUGCUGGAGAAACAACUCAAGAGGAACAGCAGCAGGAACAGGAAAAGGAACAAAUGGAUUGUCCAGACACUAGUGUCGCUGAUCAGACUCAAGCCUAA